AUGGAGCCACUCAAUUCACCCCAUACAAAUAGUAAUACCAGUGAUAAUAAUAGUAGUAAUAAUAAUGACAACUAUAUUUAUAAUGAUAGCAUUAUUUAUGAAUCAAUAGAACCCUAUUGUAGUAUUCAUAAAAAUGAAAAAAUAAUUUUAACUUGUUUAGGAUGCAGAAUGUUAGUAUGCAAAAAUUGUAUAGUGGGCCAUGGUUGUAUAAAUGGUUACGGUGUUAUAGAUAUAGUAAAGAACAAUCAACUAAAUGAAAUCAAAAUAAAUGAAUUGCAUUUAAAGGGUUAUUUAGAAAGUGACACUUUUGUCAAAAAAUCCUUAGACCAUUGCUAUGAUGAAACAGUAAAGAAAUGCAAUUCAAAUCUUUACAUUCUUCAAGAAACGUCCAAAAAGUUAGCUCGGUUCUUUGAAGCGAAUUCGAAAUCUAUCGAGGCAUUAAUUAAUACUGAACAAGAGGCAAAUGUAAAUAAUUAUACAUUUUUUUGUGAAGAAAUAAAAAAAAAUAGUGAUACCAUUGAAGAAAUAUUAAAAGAAGAUGCAAAUUCACUUUUAAAAGACGAGAAAAAAUUAAUGGAUAAUAAAAAUAAAGUAAAUAGUCUAAUUAGAGAAAAAAACAACAGAUUUAUUGAACCAUUUACAACUACCAAAUUAACAAUCAACGAGGACCUAAUUGAACAAAUUAAAAUAUUAUCAAGAGAGGUUUUUACACUCACUAAAGAAGAGUAUCGGGACGAGGCCAAAGAUAACGUAUAUAAGCAUCAUUUAAUGAUAAAUAAAUUUUUCAAUCCAUUUUUAUGUCAAUAUUACUUAUCCCAUGGCGAACCUAUACCCAAACAUAUAGGUGAAGUGGCAUUUGACUCGAGCUAUAUCCAUGAUAAAUUGAUUGUACCUCGACACGUUAAAAAGAUUUCAUUGUAUAAUGGAUUCAAACUACCUUUAGAUCAUAUACCAGAGUGGAUUAAUGUUUUGGUAGUAUGGGAUAUAGUUGAACCCCUAAAAGCAAACUCAAUACCUAAAUCUGUUGGUGAACUCUAUAUAAGAAGCGGCUAUAACCACCUGAUACCCCAAGGAACCAUCCCAAGCACUGUACGAGAGGUCUUUAUCUGUGACAUUACCUUUCCACUACUUAAAAACUCUUUAGGUUGCAAUGUGGAAUUACUUAAAAUUAGAAAUGGUUAUAACCAUCCAAUAACCGAAGGUGUCAUACCUCCAUCUGUAAUAGCUCUUUAUUUUGGUAAAUUAGGAAACAGCUUAAAUAAUAUUAAAACCAUAUUAACAAAUGAUACCAUUCCUAAAACUGGUAAAUUAGAAACCAUCCACUUUCUAGCAGAUUUCAACCAAUCAAUACCAGACAACUUUAUACCAAAAAAUAGAUCAAUCACGUUGCAAUUCUAUGACAUUGAGCAAAUCAAACUAUUCAAAAAUGGUGUACCCUCGCAUGUAAAAAAUGUUAUACUCCACAACCACAUAAAAUACAAACACUUAAUUUUGCCAUGUUGGAUUAGCCCCUCCAUAAAAAUCAAUUACUUAUAA